AUGGCUCCUCUACAGGUCUCCCCGAGGAGCAGGCCCGCUAUCUGGACAUUAAUCUACUGCUGUGAGACAGACACGCUUGUUUAGCUAGCACAAAGCCCGGUAAGCUGUUGUCUCUGAGAAAAAAGCUGGCCGUCUCCAGAGCCACUGGAGGCAGCGAGGGCUGGAGCCAGAGUAAUGACCUGUGAAAUUCACCGAUAGACUUGUCCUGUUGCACACAGGUCCGCCGGCACCGGGCCUUGUUUGCAGCCUGCCGCUGAUUUAUCAGUGUGCCUCUGCUGGUGCCAUAAUGGGCUUUGUGGAGUUUUAUGUGGGUCGACCAGGAGACCCCAGUUUGGAGAGGAUUGAUGCCGUGAUUGAGUGUCAAAGCUUGGACAAAUCUACAUGA